UGAGAGUUUUGUGGUGCUGAGAAGAAAAAGAGACAUCCAUUUUAGAUUUUCUAUGUCGAGGAGCAGCUGUAUAUCAGUGACCCAUAUUUCUGACAAAUGAUGUAACCAAACCAGACUAAAUUUCACCCAAUGAUUGUUAGGUUAGGUCUGGGUAUUCUCUGUUUGCCAGUAUAAAUGCUGCCUUCAUGACUAAUUCUGUUAAGAUUUUUUACCUUCCCUGUGAAUAUUUAAAUUAUUUUGAUUGAAUCAUCCUUAAAUGUGUAAAGACAGUUUAUUUGUAGCUACAGGUUAACUAUGUCUUACUCUUCUGCAGAAAUUAAUCAGCAAUGGGCGUGAGAAGUUAACAAAUACAUGGGUGACAGCAAGAUGGUCAACCCAAGAGAUCUUCGUGGGUUUGGUGAUGAGACAGAAAACUACACCUUCAAGGAUACUCUAGAUUGGUUUGUGCAUGUCAGAGACCCAGCAGAAGUAUUCAAGGCCCAGCCAACUUACUUUCUUUCAGAAUGGUCUUAUGUGAUCAUUGCAUUUCUGUCAUUAAUUCAUGCCUUUAUUGUGGGGGGCCGCUGGAAGUACCACUGGCUGGCGUGUUACCUUCAUGGCUGGACUACGGAGAUGGUCUCAUUCUGGAUGCCGGACAUAGACAACUACUGGCACUCACAGACCACCAUAAUGUUUCUGGGUCGCAGACUUCCACUCCACAUACCCUUGAUUUACCCAUCACUCAUGUACAAUGCAGCAUAUAUGGUCGCACAUGCAAAGCUUCCUCGGUGGGCAGAACCCAUGGCUGCUGGCUUGGUAGAGGUCUUGAUUGACAUUCCUUAUGAUAUCAUGGCAGUCAAAUUUGUUCAUUGGACGUGGCACGACACAGACCCCAAUAUCUAUGACCGUCACUACUGGGUGCCUUGGAACUCCUAUUACUUUCACCUUGCCUUUGGUACAGCAUUCACGUUUGCUCUCAACUUCUGGCGCCGCAAGAUAACCGGCAGUGACGACAAAGGAGAAGUGUCCAGUCCUGGUAAAGAAAUUGUUUGUGCCUUCCUGGCUGGCUUAUGUGGUAUGCCCGGGGGAGUCAUACAGUUCAUCUUCUUGUAUCACCCCCUCCAUGACACUUAUGGCAUCCACACAGAGAACUGCACCCUAGCUAUUGUUCUCGUGUACUUCUUGAUUGUUUGGGCAGCUGACCGUACGCCGCGAGUGACAUCACGCAGACAGAAGGGUGAAAAAUCUCAUUGGUCGGUGAUAAUCAUCGUACUCAACAUGGUCAUCCAUUACGGCCUCUACCUGUCAAUGGCUGUGUUUGGCAAGCCUGAAGAAGAGGUGUCAAUAGGUUUACAUGAACGCACUGGACCAUGUGAUGAAAAAACUGAUGUGUAUACAGCUUUUGGUGGUGUGUUAAAGAGGCAGACAUAUCUGUGUACCGACGAUUACGAUGAGAAAUAUUAUGAUUUCCAUUGUUUACCGGGCGGACAGCGCGUCAGUGAUGGAAUGGAAUGGUACACCAUCUGUGGUACGCCGUUCCCCAACCGAGCCGAGUACAUAUCUGUUAUUGUUCUUGUCUGUGUUGUGUCAGCUGUUAUUUUCUACAACCUGUUGUUCAGAAGUUCUCGCACACUUCUUUACCAAAAGAAAAAGGAAACGAAGCUAAAAUUUAAUUGAACAUUCUUCUGUAAAAGAGAAUGAUUUAGUGAUAAUUUUUUUUUGUAUUUUGACUAUGGUUGUCACUGGUGCUAUACAGAGUGUGAUAAUAUAUAAUUUAUGCUAUAUCUUCUUCGCAAAUAACUGUUUAUAGAAAUGUUAAAUAUUUUUGAAGAUCACUUAAUGCUACAGGGAAUAUCUUGACAAAAAGUGAACACGAUGAAAGUUAUACUAAUCUGAAAUAACAUGAUAUUAUCUGAUGUGUUUUGGUAAAUUAAAGACUUUGUCUUUUUUGCAGAAAAUUUUUUUGGGGGAAAAAAUCAGUUAAAUUUCAUUAUCCAAAGGUUGAAGACGAAACUUAAUAAUUUGUUUCUUCUGGAAGCGAAUACAGUAGAGUAAUGUAACUCUCAUAUGGGUGUCCGCAGGAUUGUGUCCAGGUGGGUGCAAAGAAAGCAAGACAAGACCUGACAUACAGUAUGUUUAUUAAAAAGUAUUAUAAAGUUUAAUCAAGUUACCAUACUUUUGAGUACUGUCUGAUAAGCAUUAUCACUUAUCAGUGUUAUAACUGAAAUUAUCACAAAAUGGUCCACUGCAGGAUGUCUUUCCACUGUUGCACAUGUACAAGUUACUUUUGUGUAGCUUGUGUGUUUUACAUUAAGCCUACCCGCCCUGUAACCCUCCUGCUUAGAUAUAUCUUGUUUUAUAUACCGUAUUCGUUGUUGUUUUUCUGAUAUGUACUGUGUGUGAAACAAAUGGACACACACACACACACAUAUAUAUACAGUGACCCCUCGUUUAACGAACGCCUCGGUUAACGAAAUUUCGGUUA